AUGUCUACUACUGUUGAAAAGAUCAAGGCCAUUGAGGAUGAGAUGGCCCGUACACAAAAGAACAAGGCCACUUCUUUCCAUCUUGGUCAGUUAAAAGCCAAAUUAGCAAAGCUUAGAAGAGAACUAUUGACGGCGUCAUCCUCCGGUGGUGGGGGUGGUGCUGGUGUUGGUUUCGAUGUUGCAAGGACCGGUGUGGCCAGUGUUGGCUUUGUCGGGUUCCCAUCAGUUGGUAAGUCUACGCUAUUAUCUAAACUAACUGGUACAGAGUCUGAAGCUGCUGAGUACGAAUUCACAACUUUAGUUACAGUUCCAGGUGUUAUCCGUUAUAAAGGUGCAAAGAUUCAGAUGUUAGAUCUUCCAGGUAUCAUUGAUGGUGCUAAAGAUGGUAGAGGUCGUGGUAAACAAGUUAUCGCUGUGGCAAGAACAUGUAAUCUUUUAUUUAUUAUUUUGGAUGUGAACAAGCCACUACAACAUAAGCAAAUCAUUGAAAAGGAACUAGAAGGUGUCGGUAUUCGUUUGAAUAAGACUCCACCGGAUAUUGUUGUGAAGAGAAAGGAGAAAGGUGGUAUAUCCAUUACAAACACCGUGCCACUGACCCAUUUGGAUAACGAUGAAAUCAGAGCGGUCAUGAGUGAAUAUAGAAUUAAUAGUGCUGAAAUUGCAUUUAGAUGUGAUGCCACUGUGGAUGAUUUGAUUGAUGUCCUUGAAGCACCAACGAGAAGAUAUAUGCCCGCAGUUUAUGUGUUGAAUAAGAUCGAUUCUUUAUCGAUAGAAGAAUUGGAAUUACUGUAUAGAAUACCAAAUGCGGUGCCAAUUUCCUCUGGAAAAGAAUGGAAUUUAGACGAAUUGUUACAAGUGAUGUGGGACAGAUUGAAUCUGGUUCGUGUUUAUACAAAGCCAAAGGGUCAAAUACCGGAUUUUACAGACCCCGUUGUUUUAAGAUCAGAUCGUUGCAGUGUUAAAGACUUCUGUAAUCAAAUUCACAAAUCCUUAGUGGACGAAUUCAGAAAUGCAUUGGUGUAUGGCAGUAGUGUGAAGCAUCAGCCACAAUACGUUGGUCUAAGUCAUAUCCUGGAAGAUGAAGAUGUUGUUACCAUUCUAAAGAAGUAG